CCCACCCAUCCAGCCUCCGGCAGACGCCGGUGUAGGAUUGCGAGACACCCACCAGCCAGCGACAGCUCUCGGGUGCGUCUGGGGUUGCUAUUAACUUAAGGCGCUAUUUGUCACCUAAAUUCCACAACGACUUUGGGUAACAAUGACUACGUCGGGGUCGCUGGAUCGGGUUGAACUCUGUGACAGCCUUCUGACAUGGGUUCAAACAUUUGGUGUGGAGGCUCCAUGCAAGACGGUGGAUGACUUGACGAGUGGUAUCGUCAUGGCUCAAACCCUACAGAAAAUAGAUCUAGUGUAUUUCAGUGAUGCAUGGAUUAGUAGAAUCAAGCCAGAUGUGGGGGACAAUUGGAGGUUGAAGGUCAGCAAUCUAAAAAAGAUCCUCAAAGGCGUCCUAGACUAUAAUCAGGAGAUUCUUGGCCAACACAUAAAUGACUUCACACUUCCUGAUAUCAACCUUAUUGGGGAACAUUCUGAUGCAGCAGAACUUGGGAGGAUGCUGCAGCUCAUUCUGGGCUGUGCGGUCAACUGUGAACAGAAACAAGAAUACAUCCAAACCAUUAUGAUGAUGGAGGAGUCGGUCCAGCAUGUCGUCAUGACAGCCAUUCAGGAGCUGAUGAGUAAAGAAACACCAGUGAUAGGAGGUAAUGACUCCUAUGUGGAUCUGGACAGACAGCUAAAGAAGACAGCUGAGGAGCUAAGCGAAGCUUUGGCCACAAAGGAGGAGAUCGCCCAAAGAUGUCGUGAGCUUGACAUGCAGGUUGCAGCCCUGCAAGAGGAGAAAAGCAGUUUGCUAGCUGAAAACCAGGUUUUGAUGGAGAGACUCAACCAGUCGGACUCCAUCGAGGACAUAAACAGCCCGGCUGGCCGCAGACACCUCCAGCUGCAGACACAACUGGAGCAGCUACAGGAAGAAAGCUUCAGGUUGGAAGCUGCAAAAGACGACUACCGAAUACGUUGCGAGGAGCUCGAAAAAGAACUGUUGGAUGUCAAGUCACAAAUUGAGGAGCUCACAUCUUUGGCGGAUGAAGCCCAGUCUCUAAAGGAUGAAAUUGAUGUCCUCAGGCAUUCAUCCGACAAGGUGUCAAAGCUUGAAGGAACAGUAGAUCACUAUAAGAAGAAAUUGGAGGACAUGGGACUUCUCAGAAGACAGAGUAAGCUCUUGGAGGAGAAAAACACAGUAUUAAUGGAGACCAACAUUAGUUUGGAAGAAGAGAUAAGAAAAGCUAAUGCUACUAAGGGACAGCUGGAGACCUAUAAGAGACAGGUGGUUGAACUUCAGAACAGACUGUCCGAAGAAUCGAAAAAGGCAGACAAGAACGAGUUUGAGUACAAACGAGUCAAAGAGAAAGUAGACUCUCUACAAAAAGAAAAAGAUCGAAUGCGAACAGAGAGAGACUCUUUGAAGGAGACCAUCGAGGAGCUGCAUUGUGUCCAAGCUCAGGCGGGACAGCUUACAUCAGGUCUGCUCCCUGCACUAAGCAGCACUGAUUCGCUGGCAGCUGAGAUAACAACGCCUGAGAUAAGGGAGCAUUUAAUUCGUCUUCAGCACGAGAACAAAAUGCUGAAACUGGCCCAGGAGGGAUCGGAUAACGAAAAGAUUGCACUGCUGCAGAGUCUGCUGGAGGAUGCCAAUCGAAGGAAAAGUGAACUGGAGACAGAAAACAGGUUAACCAAUCAGCGCUUGAUGGAGGAGCAGAGCCAAAUAGAAGAACUACAGAAGACGCUUCAAGAACAAGGCUCUAAAGCAGAUGAUUCCUCCAGUUUGAAGAAGAAGUACGAGGAGCACAUGGAGAAAGUACAACAGUUGAACAAUGAGUUACUGAGGAAGAACGCCUAUAUCGAUGAGAUGGAACCCAAAUACUCUGCAAACUCUCAACGAGUGGACGAGCUGGAAGACGCCUUAAAAAAGAAAGAUGACGAGAUGAAACAGAUGGAGGAGAGAUAUAAAAAAUACUUGGAGAAAGCCAAGAGUGUGAUUCGCACCUUGGAUCCGAAGCAGAACCAGGGAUCUGGUCCAGAAGUUCAGGUCUUGAAGAACCAACUGCAGGAGAAAGAGCGGAUGUUACAUUCCUUGGAGAAAGAGAUGGACAAGACAAAAGGCCAGAGGGACAAUGAGGAGAAGCUAAUUGUGUCAGCUUGGUACAAUAUGGGAAUGACGUUCCAGAAGAAGGCGGCUGAAGACCGACUUGCCAAAACAAAUUCCAGUCAGUCCUUCCUGGCCCGGCAGAGACAAGCCACCAGUUCACGUCGCACCUACCCAGGCCAUGUGCAGCCAGCUACCGCAAGGUAGAGAGGCAGAAAACAUGCAACAGCAAAACGACCUUUGAAAUCCUUCUUUUCCCCCAAUGCAGUACCUUUAUGUGCCCAUCAGGCAUAUAUCUAUUCCCAUUGAUUUGAACUUCUAUUGAUUUUCUUUCUUUCCACCCUUCUUGGUCAGAUCUGCAAGGUAGAGAUGCCAGACAAGACUUGCACCACUUUUAUUUCCACUCAAACAUUUUUGAACCCGACUCAAUCAUGAUGGCAGACCAUUUCUUGUAGUUUAACAGUCUGACUAAUACUAGCCUCAAACACUCAACUUCUGACCCUUCUGGGAGAUGAAUCAAUUCCCUGAUUUACAUUUUUCGUGCAUAAAUAUCUUGUUGCAGUAUUAUGUUAACGUCUUAGUUUACUUCGUCAUAUACAGCACAAUCUCCCAAGUCAUACAAGUGGAUAAAUGGGUUAACUGUGUGUGCAUGAUUUUCAACAAUUGAUUGCUCAAUAUAGCAUCUGUUUGCUAAAACAAAUGUGCGUUUUAAUGGAUAUUUAGUUAAUUGUAUUGUUCUUAUUGUACAUGUCUGGUUCUAUGUUUAUAAGUACAAUUUUUGUUUCCAAUUCACUGCACAUCAAGGGUGUCCAAAUUAAUUGCACUAAAAGCUGCAUACUGAAAAGUUGAAGCAUGCGUGGGGAAUGUGGAUGAUAAAAACAAACAUUAUCAGGCAUGUGAGCAUCCUUUAAGAACAAAAAGAGGCAAACUGACAAAAAAAGAAGAACAUUUCGACACAAAGUGUAGCCACUCAAGCCUCACGAGAAAAUGUUAAAAAUCAAGACUACAUUUCCUGCAUUUCUAAACUACAUUUUACCUUUAGAUUUAUUCUCAUCUACCAACCUCUUUUGGCUGUUUUUUGGACACUUAAUGUACCAUAUUUAGUAGGGCUGUGAAUCUUUGGGCUGUGAUUCUCGAUUCAAAAACGAUAUUUUUCCGAUUCAAAACAAUUCUCUAUUCAUUCAAUACAUAGGAUUUCAGCAGGAUCUACCCGUCUGCUGACAUGGAAGCAGAGUAGUAGAUUUUUGUAAAAAGCUUUUAUAAUUGUAAAGGACAAUGUUUUAUCAACUGAUUGCAAUAAUGUAAAUUUGUUUCAACUAUUAAAUGAACCAAAAAUAUGACUUAUUUUAUCUUUGUGAAAAUAUUGGACACAGUGUGUUGUCAAGCUUAUGAGAUGGGAUGCAAGUGUAAGCCACUGUGAUACUAUUGUUCAUUUUUUAUUUUUUUUUAUAAAUGUCUAAUGAUAAUGUCAAUGAGGGAUUUUUAGUCACUGCUAUGUUGAAAUUGUUACUAAUAUUGAUACGGUUGUUGAUAAUAUUCAUUUUUGUUUCACUACUUUUGGAUUGUUCUAUGUCGUGUUUGUGUCUCCUCUCAAUUGCUCUGUUUAUUGCUGUUCUGAGUGUUGCUGGGUCGGGUUUGGUUUUGGAAUUGGAUUGCAUUGUUGUGGUAUUGCUUUGUAUUAUUUUGUUGGAUUGAUUAAUUAAAAAAAAAAAUAUAAUUAAAAAAAAUAGAUUUUUGAAAAAUGAGAAUCGAUACCGAAUCGUACAACGUGAGAAUCGCGAUUUGAAUUUGAAUCGAUUUUUUCCCACACCCCCAAUAUUUUGUGUUUUUCUACUUCAUUAUCAUUGAAAAUGUGAUGUAAAUUAAAUAACAUGCAUGCAAAAAACUCAGAAAAUGUUUCCCAUUUGGCAACUCUAUCCUGUAGCCCCGCCCCCUCGGGUAAUAUACUUUCGGUGUUGUGACCUCUGUUUACGUCCGUUACGUCAAAAACAUACUUUCUCACUGGCUACUAAUAAAUGCUCUGGAACCACAACUGGUUCGGAAUUAAUAGUGUUCGGAUUGUAAUCAUCCAAAUAUGAUUAGCAACAAAGUAGACAGCCGUCAACGUUGUGGCUCAGAAAAAGAACGCAGGCGACAACAAGUAAGCUCGCUAGAUGAUGCUAACUAUGGUAACUUGCGAGCUUGUUUCGGCGCCCUGUGCGGCGUUUAGACAAGAGGAACAGCGAGUACCUGCGGCCGAGGCGAGUGUUCAACAUAACAGAUCUCAUUCUCUAAAUAUCGUAGCAGGUUUACAUAGUUCACCCACGAAAGGUUUGUUUUAAUAUUUCAUUAAAAAAACGCGGAAGUGAUAUUUUGACGUGAAAAUAAUGUUUAAAAACAUGAAUUUCCACGUUUUUUGCAGAUAUUUUACAUGCCUGCAUUAUAUAUAUAUAUUUCAAGGCAGAAAAAGCUUUGUGGUGUAGGUCAUUAUUACUUAUUAUUACUGCUCUUUUUCCUUGCAUUUUUACUGUUGUUUUUUUUUUGUUCGAUUUAAUUAUGACCACAAACUCUUAUCUGCGGAAUGCAAAAUGUCCCCGGGGCUACACUUUGGACAGCCCUGCUGUACAACUUUCUAUGAUGACAUCGGAAAAGGCCAACAGACACUUAAGGGAUUGUCUGACUCUGACAAUUGAGACAUUUCUUUUUCUGCCAAAAACUGUGCCACUUGUGUGACUUUAGAGGUUCCACUGUAAUCCGGAUGCAAUAUAUGACAUCAUUAAGUGUCAUAAUUGUCCGGUUGGUAUUUUAGUGUACCCGUACUGUAGAUUCUCAUAUUGGUGCCAACAUGUUAAAUAGAACAUGCAAACUGAAGGAUAUAUAGAGUUGAUCCAUCCCCUUUCAAAUUGCAAUUUUCCAGAAUGACAUUAUACAAGAUAUUGGAGUACGUCAUCCCAGAGUUUGUGGGUCUUUACCUGUUCUUUCUAAUUAACCCUCUUAAUUUGACAUCCGCUUUGCCACAAGUUGCUGCUAACGUUCUCUGCUUUCUGACCGUGAUCUCCUGUUCUCAACUCCCCACUGACAGCAAUAUCCCAGCAUGACUGGCACACCAAUGACCCGGCCCGGUCUGUGGCCCGUGCUGGCCUCAACCAGGGCGAACUCGAGGCGCGCGAUGCAUGAAUUACCCCGGCUUGCAUAUCUUUGCGUUGACUGCAAGUAACCCCAGCACCAGCACCGUCAGCACUAACAACCUUCUGCUGCUUUGCAAUCCCCAUACGUGCCAGCAGAGAGCGACGUUGGAAAAGCAAACCCUCAUGUUCUCGUCCAUGUUUGUUUAUCCUCAUCCUAACUCCAUCCGCGCCCCCUCACGGACUCACCUUCUGUGCUUCCAACCUGCAUCAGGUCUGUUACAACCUUUCUGUUACAAAGGCCAGCACAGUGACAGGAUACCUCAAAUAUUUUAUUUUUUUUUCCCACAUGUUCAGUUGGGAAUGGAUGUCAGUAUUGCAAAAGGAAAACUGCAGUCGUACACCUUCAAGUAUUUAAGUACCCCUCUAGUGCUUGUGGUUAUGUUAACAAUGUAACAAAAAAGCUUUAACCUCACCUUAAAAGGUUGGAUUUUAUAGACAUAGGAUGGGAACAUUUUCAUACAGGAUACAAGUUACAAGAAGUUAAGUAUUUUUAUUUAAGUUUGUAUUCUGUGAACAAAUGACUUGGACACCAACUCUCGCUUGUUUUUAUGUCCAAGAAACUAAAAAGUAAGCUACAGAGAGAGUGGAAAAAACUUAUAAAACUGCAUUAGCUCAUGUAGGUUAAUGAUUAUGAUAAGAUGUUGAAAACCCCAAUUUAUGAAAAUAGUCCUAAAACUAAAUGAUCACAGGUCACCUUUAUCAUGCAGCAGCAUUGUACAUUUUGUGUAGCUUUAUUAAUGCAUAUUUAUGGUUUUAUUUGCAGGGCUUUUGACAUUUAAAAAAAGAAGUGGUGACAUGCAAAUAUUUUUGGUUGAUGUGAUGCGGUUGAGUCCUCCGGUUUUAGUGCCUUUGCGGAGACGGUUAAGGCGAUGCAAGCUGAGAAGGAAAAUUGAGUUCCUUAUACUUCUUUUACUCAUCAUUCUUAUACUGUGUAUUAUUUCAUGCAGUGCAUAUUUUAUUAUUUAUUCUUUUGUGCGGCAGUGUUAGUAUUUUAUCACCACUUUUAACAGUUCCGUAUGACAUUCAAAUACUGUUGAAUUAUCGUCUUAUGCAACAGUGGAACGGCACAAAGAGGAACGGUUACUCUUUUUUUUGUUUUUUUUCUACUGGAAAAACAUGAUAUAGGUCCUUAAAAGGGGUGUUUAUUGUUGAAUCUUAACGGGAAAAGCACAUUUUUACCAUUAAAUUAUUUUAUUGGAUUUACUGUUUUGUCUCUUAGGAAUUAAAUGAAAGAAACUCGUGUAUUAAACAAUUACUUUGCAGUCAAUAUUGAGGUGGAUACAUUCAUUCAGUGGAAUCUCCAAAACUGACAUUUAUCUGUUCCAGGGUUAAACCUAAAUUUAAAGCUAUAAUCACACUUUGAACAUGCCUGAUACUUGAAUUAAGAAGUGUAACAUGAAUCUGUGUGGAAUUGACAUUGUAUUGCUCAUAUUGCACUGAGCAGCCUUUUCUGGUUCUAUGGUUAUCAUCACACGUGUUUAGACACUGACUGGAUUUGCUGACAUCGGUUUGGACUGAGAGGCGACUUUGGAGGUUCCACUGUAUUAAAAUGAGUCCAUUAUUUAUGACUGAUAAUGGGGGUCAGUGUAAAUUUUGCACCGCAAAUUAAGCACCUUGUGUUGUCUCAGAGUCACACAAGGGAGACAUAUUGGUGCUUGAUUAUGCAAAUAUCGUCAGAAAAUAUAAGUCCCUGAUAGUGUUACUGAACUACUUAACUGUACAGAGAAGAAACACAACACUGCAUUAACAAGGCAUGGCGUGUGUGUUUGUGUGUGUCGCUCCGUGUUUUUCUACUCAUUUGGACAAUGACGUUGGAACUAACCUCCUAUUUGCCAAGUUUUUUACUGCUUGUAUACAAACACACAAUGUACAUACUGUAGUGUUCACAGCAUAAAGGAGGCCUUGACCACUUUGAGGAAAAGGAAGUGAAAAUAGUUUGGAUGGAUAGCAUCUAUCUGAAAAGUGUUUCUCCGUUUAAAAAAUGUGCUUCCGACACUGUAAACACUUGGAUAUGACAUUGUAAAUAAAGCUUGUAUAAGAAAAACUACAUGUGUGUGGUU